GCCAGAUUUGGCUUCUGGGCCUUGUGUUGUGCAGGCAAGCUUUAGCCUCAGGACGAGAGGAGUUGUGGCACUCAGCUUCCUGAGCCUACUUUGCAGGAAGUCAGCCCGACCUUGUCAAUCCAUUUCUUGACCUUGCUGGGACUGACCUCUCCAAUGGGCCUUUAAGCUUCUUCAAUGAAUUCAAGAAAAUGAUGUUCCUCUUGCAUGGACCUGCCUAUGUCACACUCCUUGCUGUGGGGGAACCACCCAUCCUCUCGUGCGACGUGGUCAAAUGUCUCUACCUUCUGCAGACUUCGCCCUGGUUUUGCAGCAAGGUUAGGUCGGCCUUUUACAGUGGUCCUUCCUUUUGCCUCCCUCUGUCCAGGUUGCUCAAGGGCUCUGCCAUAACAGUGAAGAUGCUCAAGCUUUGCUCUUUGGGCCUCCUGCUUUGCUUCCUAGUCCCUUCACAUGGGACCACACCAGGGACUGUGGUGAGAAUCCAUCAAGAAGCCCUUGAGUUUGCGAGCCAGCAAGGGAAGCCGUACCUGCUGAGGGGUCUGCUGGGCAUCCAGCUCCCUGGCUUGAAGGGCAAUGCGGGGCUGUUUGGAUCGCUGAUGAAUCUCGUGGGAAUCAAAAUUAUGGAUGCCGAAUUACCACAUCUCAGUGUGAAUCUUGUAGAAGAUAUUGGCAUCCAGGUUUCGCUGGGUUCUAACUUACACAUCAGAGCCAACCUCUUGGUUGCUCCACUGGAGCUGAAGGUGGGCACCUCCAUCCUGCUCGACGUUCGCAUCAUGCGCAGUCCCCGAGGCUGCCCCAUCCUGAGCAUUACGGCUUGCAAGUCCCUGCUGGGAGACGUGCAGAUUUUGGUUGGAGGAAACAACUUGCUUGGCUGGCUGAGCCCGAUCAAGAAGCACCUCCAUGCCGUCUUGCUCGACAAGAUGUGUUUGAGUAUCUCCAACGUGUUCUUGGGGCUGAAUGCCAAGCUGGGCACUUUGGUUGGCGUGAAUCCCAUCAACUCCAUGUCCAACCUGCAGUACUCCAUGCUGGAUCCACCAGUCAUCACCAGUGAAUACAUCGACAUGCCUUUAUCUAAUGACUUCAAAAUGAUGGGGAAACACAUUGAAGAUGCCAGCACCGGGCCCAGUUUCUCACUGCCACCCCAAGCGACAGUUUCUGAUAACUCCAUGGUGAACAUGGGCCUCUCGGAGGACUUCUUCAACAACUAUUUUGCCACCCUGGGACAGUCGGGAGCCCUGAACCUUAACAUUGGAGUCCAGUCGGGCUCCGGAGGCUACCGUCUCACCAGAUCCAUGUUCGAAACUGCCAUACCCUCGAUUGCCAAACGGUACCCCCAGGAUGUGUUUGUGGGACUCAAUGUGGUCCUGAGCCGGUCUCCCAUCCUUCACUUUCAAGAGGGUGAAGCUGUCGUGACACUCAGCCCCGCCAUCCAGCUGCUAGUGGGUGCAUCGGGAGCUUCAUCUCAGACCCAGGUCCUCGCCACCUUCGGAGUGGACCUGAGUUUGAGUCUCAAGAUGGUCGUUACAGUGACAAGCCUUCAAGUCUCUGUGGGCUUGCAAGGAGCGAUUGGUUUGGAGGUAGAGUCUUCCAGUAUAGAAAUAACUCAGGUCUCCGAUUUGAGAAGAGUGGUGGCUUCAGUGCUUGAGGAGGCCUUCCUGCCUCACCUGAAUGCCAACCUGGGUGUCGGAUUUUCUCUUCCCAAGAUGAGCAAUGUCCAGUACGUCAGUCCUGAGAUUGAGAUUCAUGAGGAUUAUGCUCAAGUCAACUGUGACCUCGCCUAUUCAGGUUGAGACCAUGUGACUCAGCUUGAGAGAAGUCCAAAGAGGGGGCUUCUCUCCCACCAAACACGGGAUUCUGUUCUAUCCAUCUACAAAUUCUAUGGCUUAGAAAAAUGAAGAGGACUCCACAUUCCUUUGCUGCAUGAAACAAGGGAAGUCAGUGCAUCUGCUGCUUUGGCAGUGGACUUGGGUGCGAUCUGGAACUCACUUACUCAAAGGAAGGCCCACUGGUUUGGAGGGAACUUGCUUUCGAGUCAGUGUGCUUGGGACCAUAUCCCAGUCUGAAAUUUUGCUUUCUCAUUCCUCUCUUGUACAUGUUGUUGCUUCAGUAUAUGGGCAGUAAAAUAGCCACAGCAAUGCUCCACUCUCCCAUAGGAAUCUAUGAGAUUUACAAGAGCUUAAUUUUAACUGGAUCUGGUCCAUGGGAUGUCAUUCAGCUGUCAUUUCAACUUAUUAAAACUUUCUUUCUGUUCUACA